AAGCCGAAGGCGAGGAGUGCCGGUCCGUUCACUCGGGCCACCAGCGCCGGCUGGCUGCAACACACUGGUGAUCCCGGUCGGUAGGCAGCAUGGGGAAGGAGGGGAACCAGGGCGAGGGAGCCACUGACCGCGAGGCGCCGUUGCCCACCUUCAGCUGGGAGGAGAUUCAGAAGCACAACCUGCGCACGGACAAGUGGUUCGUCAUCGACCGCAAGGUCUACAACGUCACCCAAUGGGCCAGACGGCACCCGGGCGGCCACCGGGUCCUCGGGCACUACGCGGGAGAAGAUGCUACGGACGCCUUUCAUGCCUUCCACCGGGACCUUGACUUCGUGCGCAAGUUCAUGAAGCCCUUGCUGGUUGGUGAGCUGGCCCCGGAGGAGCCCAGCCAUGACCGGGGCAAGAACUCCCAGAUCAUCGAGGACUUCCGGGCCCUGAGGAAGGUUGCUGAGGACAUGAACCUGUUCAAGAGCAACCACCUUUUCUUCCUCCUCCUCCUGGCCCACAUCAUCGUCAUGGAGAGCAUCUCAUGGUUCAUCAUCUUUUACUUCGGCAAUGGCUGGGUUCCAACCAUCAUCACGACCUUCAUCCUUGCUACCUCUCAGACCCAAGCGGGAUGGCUGCAACAUGAUUAUGGCCACCUCUCUGUCUACAAGAAGUCCACGUGGAACCACAUCGUCCACAAGUUCAUCAUGGGCCACUUAAAGGGUGCCUCUGCCAACUGGUGGAACCAUCGCCACUUCCAGCAUCACGCCAAGCCUAACAUCUUCCAGAAGGAUCCAGAUGUCAACAUGCUGCAUGUGUUCGUUCUGGGCAACUGGCAGCCCAUUGAGUACGGCAAGAAGAAGCUGAAAUAUCUGCCCUACAACCACCAGCACGAAUACUUCUUCCUGAUCGGGCCGCCGCUGCUCAUCCCCAUGUACUUCCAGUACCAGAUCAUCAUGACCAUGAUCAUUUACAAAGACUGGGUGGACUUGGCCUGGGCUGUCAGCUUCUAUGCCCGUUUCUUCAUCUCCUACGUUCCUUUCUAUGGCGUCCUGGGAGCGAUCCUUUUCCUCAACUUCAUCAGGUUCCUGGAGAGCCACUGGUUUGUGUGGAUCACGCAGAUGAGUCACAUCACCAUGGACAUUGACCGAGAGCCCUACCGUGACUGGUUCAGCAGCCAGCUGUCGGCCACCUGCAACGUGGAGCAGUCCUUCUUCAAUGACUGGUUCAGCGGGCAUCUUAAUUUCCAGAUCGAGCACCACCUCUUCCCCACCAUGCCCCGGCACAACUACCACAAGAUCGCCCCGCUGGUGAAGUCCCUGUGCGCCAAGCAUGGCAUCCAGUACCAGGAGAAGCCGCUGCUGAGGGCCAUGAGGGACAUCAUCGGGUCCCUGAAGAAGUCUGGGGAUCUGUGGCUGGACGCCUACCUGCACAAAUGAGGCUGCAGCCCUUGGGUGCCUGUCGCACUGUGCAGCGGUGAUAGGGGCGCGCCGCCGUCGGGGAGCGCCGCAGAGAGCGCAGUGCUCCCUGAAACCUGAGGGAAACCGGCUGGGGCCAGCGGAGGUGGGAGCAGGGCUCUGAAACCCGCAGAGCCCGUCCCAGGGUUGUCACGGAUGAGGGGGAAUAAACACAAAACGUCUCAAACAC